CCUUGCCCGAGGCGGGGCUCCCCGGCGCCAUGGACCUGCCCGCCGUCCACAAGUGCUUCCAACUCAGUGAUGAAAAUGAACAGUUAGUCAAGAAGUUGAAAAAACUACACAUAAAAAAUAAGGAGCUAGAAAAGAAUCUGGGUCAGAUCCAAGAAAAACUGCAUCUGCAGCAGUUAAUGCAUGACUAUGUCACAAGCAGAGAUGUUCAAGUUCAAACAGAAACCCACUUAUGGCAUAAGGGUGGAUACAGCAAGGAUCUUAUUCUAGAGAGUGACAGUGUCAGACUACUUCAGAUGUAUAAUGAGCUACAGAAACGUUACGUUAAAGAAAUCAAAACAAACCAGGAGCAAAGUGAAGCAAUUAAAAAUCUCACUAUUAAAAUUCAUGAGCUAGAACAUAAUCUUCAAGAGCAGAGGCAAAGAAUUGAGCAACUGGAAUGUAAAAAGGUUUCUUGGAAAACUAGUGCUGUUUCUGGAAAAAGAAGUCGAACCCCAGAGGGAGAAGUAACAUCUCGCAGGGACAUUUCUAAAAAGAAGGAAUCCUGUUGCAGUAAAUAUUUAGAGCUAUUGUUGAAGGAGAUUAAAAAGCUGAAGAAAGAAAAUGAAAAGUUGUCUACAGAAAGGAGAGCACUAAAAAAUGAAUUAGCCGGAUUAGACAAGGACUUUUUUGAAGAGAUAGAAGAUCUAAAGCAUGCUGUACAGGAAUCUGUGAAACUGAAUAAUCAGUACGAAAAGUGCUUGAAACAAAUAAGUGUAAUGUAUGGACUUCCUUUUAUAGCACAUCAGUAACUACUGAUUAAUUUAAUGGCAAGUAGAUUUUCCAUAUUUUUUAUACUUACUGCAACAUUUAAAACUACCAUGGCUUAUGUAGUACCACAUUUUGAUAAUAUCAUGGAUUCAAUAAUAUGAUCUCAAUAUGACAAGCUGCUCUGAAAUGUUUUUGUACUUUGUGCCUUUGAUUUUUGUUUAUAUGGUUUUUAAAUAAACUGUGGUCUGUAUAA